AAUUUUAAUUAGAGUAUGGCAACAUUAUUUUAAGACCCAUAAAAUAGGAUCGGAGUUUUUCAGGAAACUCCUGAUAUUUUCCUAUUUCUUUCAGAAACAAAAAGGCCAAUAAUGUCGGACCUUCCUUACGGGCCUCCAGUGCGAGUAUCUCCACUGAUCAGGUUUGGCCGCUGGUCUUUCCUGACUGUGGGUGUGCUGUACGGUGCCUUCCACCAGAACAGGUUAUCGAAGAAGGAGACCAAGAUCCGUGAGAUUGAAGCUAAGGAGAAGGUGGUGAGGGACGCCAAGCUAAAGGAAGAGAAGGCACGCGCCGCUGCUGCUGAAAUGAAGGCCCUGGAAGAAUUAUCAAUGCCCAAGAAAUGAAUACCUAAACAACAUCUAGACUAAGCCAAUAGUGAAAAUAAUCAUCAAUGUUGCCAUUUAAUAAACAUUCACAUUGCAUGUUUUUUACCUGGCAACAAAAUUCCAACUUUGUUUAAACUGUAAAUUAUGAUUUAAAUCAAAUAUAGUUCCAUAAAAGU